UCUACCUACAGCAAAAUAGUGCUUGCAUUAAUUAUCACUGAGCACAACUCCUGAACCAGUGUUACCAAUUUACAAUUACUAAAUACCUACUUUUAACAAAAUGCAUUACAUUAUUGUAACUGAAUUGCAAUCACCAGGAGAAGAGCCAGUUUGCAAAGUUAAGGGCCUACCGUCAGCUGACGUAAAUACUCUAGAAUCAUGUUUUUUGGAUCUUCAUCUACCAUGCAAAAAUCUUGAAGACUUUAUUGAAGUGGAUUUUUCCGGUGUUGAUGUUUUGAAUAUACUUUGCGGCUUAGAUUUUCGUUACAGAGUCGUUAGUCAGUGUAUGGCAAUUGAAAUCACUGCAAUUGGAGGAAGAACAAUGAAGAUUCAAAAGAUUUUUUGGACAAUGGCUAAGGAGUGAAAAUUAUACAAUACUUUAAAUAAAGUAUUUAUUUAAAUAUUAAAUACAACCUUCUAAAAAAUUAGUUUCCAUUUUC